AUGGUCACAUUGAAUCCAUUCAAGAAAAAGGGCCAGAAAGGGACAGCUUCUCCCGAGAAAGCUGAGAACGACGAGUUUACGGAAGAUAUCAAAGGAAUGCCAAGCAACUCUACGGUCAACACGGAGGAAUCGAGUCCUCAAUCACCAGUUCCUGGAUCUGCGGCCAGCACAUCAGGCAAAUCUAAAUCUAAAAGGAGAAACAGCUCUGGAACUAUCAAAAAGUCUUCACGGGAAGGUCGAAGUGCUGACGAUUCCUCUGUUAAGCGAUCCAAAUCAAAGACUAGAAGUAAGAAAUCCGACGAUGGAGCAGCAGAAGAUUCGGGUAAUUCUCCCACCAGGAAGAAAAAGAAAAAGAAGGACAAAGAGAAAUCUUCAGCAGAUAGUGGAUACUCUUCGGAUAGUGGCUUGAAGUCCAUCAAGAACAAAAAGAAGAAAUCGAAAAAGGAUAAAAAGAAUAAGAGCACAUCGAGUAAGGAUGGGGAUGAGUCCAGGGACAAUUCGUUGAAGGGUUCUGGAUCGGAUCCUGAAACAGAAUCAUCUCCCAAACGGAGUCCUACUACUGCUGCCAAAGUACCAAAGGUUGCUGCUGCAGGUAUUGUUGCUUCGUUUGAAGUGGCGUCUCCCAAACCAAUGGAACCAACGCCGGCCAAGUCUGCAGCACCUACACCCAGACAAGUGACUCCACCACCAGUUGGAACAUCGAAGAGUGGACGAGACGAAGAGCAAGUCAAAAAAUCGACCACUUCUUCACCCAAGCGACCGUCCUCAUCGACCCAACCCACCAAGGCCAACUCCACAGGGUCCUCUCCCAAGCUGGAUCGUCAAGGCAGUUCCUCCGUUCAAGAUCGGGCCAGUAUCUUCAAGAAGGAAAAUGGAGCCGCCCCCAUUGCUCCGGGACAACACUUGGAAGGUGCCACUGCCACUGCGGAACGAAAGAGCGUUGUCACGACGGGAGGUCCUCGUCGGAUGCCCAAGGGAGGCAGCCAGCAACUGGCAGGAGUUGAUGAUCAGGAAAAUGCCACGGAACAACAAGUCAACAAGCCACGAUCCUCCAGCGUUGGCAAGUAUGCUCCAACGACGAGACGAUCGGAAAAGAAAACAACAGACACUGCAAAGGAGGAUGGUAGCUCUGGUGUAAAAAAUGCCAUGAAUGUCUUUGAAGGAGGAAAAGUUAGACGAUCUGUGGCGCCGAAACAAAAAUCCUUGGACGUUGGCAAACUUCGAACAGCCUAUCUCAAACAAGAAGACAAUACCAAGAAGGCGGAAGCUUCUGCUUCCUUGACUGCACCAUCCUUGGGCAAGGAUACUAACAAUGGUCCAGCCAUGAAACGAUCUACUUCCGGUGGAAAUGUGCGCAAUGCGUACCUCAAAAAGCUCAGCAGCAGUGGUGGCGAUGAUAGUGCGGCUACAGAAGAAUCCUUCUCCGCUUCCAAGCCUGGUGUUGGUCGUCCAUCUCAGAAUACCCCCUGGAGUCUGGCCAAGUCUCUUGGAUUGUCGUCCAGCGCUACGGGUAGUGCCAACAACAACAACAACAAGAACAACAGCCUACCAUCAUCGUCGACUGCAGCAGCAGCCGCCGCUGUCGCCAAUGAUAAGCCGCCAGGGCCUGGAAGUAUCAAAUCGGCAUACUUGAAUGCUACUCAAAAUUCCACAAGCCCUCCACGACCAGAUCGAGCACGAGCCAAUAGCAGUGACGAUGGAGCACCAGGCAAGGUCAAAUUGAAUGCCUUUGCCAUGUUUGAUCCAAGCUUGAAAAAAGAGCAAGAUGCGGAAUCGAAGGAACCGGAACUCACUGCCUCUGAGAAACGGGCCAACACUGUCAAGAAUUUGAUUGCGACGCAAGGCAAGUCUCAAGAAGAACGACAAGGACGUGACAAGCAGAUCAAUACAGGAGGGAAACGACGAUCGUCUUCUGCCGGAACGGUUGGCCGAAUUAAGAAUAAUCCCGCCAGGGCAUUAUUGGAAGCCCAAUUUGGAGGUGGAAAAGCCAGUCAAACAACAGGUACAAUAGGCCAACGGGCUGACGCCUUUUCGGCCAAGCAUGGCAGUUCGUCCAAGACGAUGGACGAGGUUUCCACACCAAAGGCAGUCCGGAGGGUUAUGAACUUGAAUGCCUUGAACUUGGCCACUCCGGGCAGGUCAACAAAGAAGCCAACGGGUCCAAAGCGCAAGGAUAUGAAAAAGUUGCUCUCCCAAGGAGAUGCAGAUGCUUCGUUUGCGGAUACGGUAGCACCCUUGUUGAGAGAUCGCAAGCAAAAACCACUUGUCCGCGAGUUGUGCGACCGCAUUCAAAAGGCGGAUGGCGUGCCACAGACGCGCCGACUGAGUAUGAGGGACAAUGACUUGAUUGUCAGCAUGAUUGGGGCUAUUCAAAAUGAUCCAGAUGUCAAGUCAAUCAUUGUGGACGGGGAUGUGGCUUUCAAUACUGUUGGCACCACACUGUUAUUCGGAUUCGUGGAAGCUUUGGGAAUGAAUAUGCAUUUGCGACGACUGACCUUCAAAAAUGUUCAACUGGGAAACGACAUUUUGUACGCUUUGGCCACUGCUAUGGAGAGGAACUUCAUCUUGGAAGAAAUUGAUUUGUCCUGGAAUCUAUUCACGAGCGAAGGUUUGUCCAAUUUCUGCCAGUCUUUGGCCAGCAGCAACGAAACUUGCAAGAAAAUCAUGCUGAACAACCAGACGACGCCCAUUUCUGAGGCCAGUGAAGAGGAUGUCCUUGAAGCCUUUGGCGAGAACAAGCGGAUAAUGUAUGCCAAGGUGGAUUUCUCCUCAGAUGACGGACAAGAUAAGCUGAACAAGAUUUUGUAUCGGAACAAGCGAAAUCCACCUGGCCCUGUGGAUCGUGACAAGAAAAUCAUUGAGAUUCUUUCUUUCCAAGCGGAGCGAGCGGAAGCCAUCAAGGAACAAAAGGAUGCCGAAAACAAGCCUCUCGAAGUUCCAGAAGACGAUUGGGACUACUUGUACGAGUUGGCUGUGCUAUUUGACAAGUACAAGCUGAAGGAUAUUGUGGAAUCAGAAAACAACGACAAAGACAAGAAAGCCAAACCGAAGAAUGCAGAUUCUAUGGGCAAAGGUGCGAAAUCAAACUUUCUUUUUGGCCAAUUCAAGGACAUUCUGGAUGAUUCUCUAGGAUGCUUCAACUCGGAUGGUUCCUUUUUGACUGCCGAAUUCAUAUCCAAGUAUCUCAAGAAAACCCAAGAUACCGAAGAGCUCGUAUUUGACUUCCAUGGUCAGUGGAAGUUAUUCAAGAGGUUCCCCGUUACUGAUCCUGCGCGGGAACUGAUUGUCACCAAAUUUGUGGAUGCGAUUGUGUCACACCCUCAGAUGAAGGAGUUUAUGGGCAUAAACAUGGCCAACACUGGCUGUGGUGAUGACUUUUUGGAGAAACUUGCGGAACGUUGCUUGGCGGAUCACAGUCUUCUUCCGAACAUGCACGUCAUCAACUUUGAAACCAAUUUCAUCAACGAGCGUGGAUGUGUCGCCCUGUCGAAAAUUAUUGCAAGUCCGACUUGUAUGAAGUACCUGCAGUUGGUCCGAUUGGAGAAUCAAAAGGGACUCUUGACCUCCAAAGCGGAAUUCAAUAUUUGCAGGGCAAUGUUCGUCAACCGAAGUGUUGUUGUCGUGAGUCUUCAAUUCCGAGGCCUCAUGGAACGCCAGCAGAUCCACGCUUAUGUCUCUCGGAAUGUGGACUUUUUGCGGCAAGCACGACAGCGUCAUUACAAAAAGACUGGUACGGGGCGAAAACGAAAUGAGACGGAGUUGUUCUUUGAUAAGAUUGCUUCGAACAACGGGUUGGUCAAGGAAGUGAAACUGCCAGGGGAUCGCAAGUUCCUUAGUCUGAGUGCCGAAGAGAGGGUGAAAGCGGCGCAGGCAUUUGCAGAGAAUACUCACAUCACUAAUGUCAACCUGAAUGGCUGUGAACUAGACGAUGCAUUUGCAGAAGCCAUGGGGAAAUCACUGGAAACCAAUAUGGCUAUAGAAAAACUAUCGCUGGAAAGCAACUCGAUAUCGGGGACGGGUAUCAAGUACCUCCUGGAAGGCCUUGCGAAGAAUACCACACUGAAGGAGCUUCGACUGCACAAGCAGUCGAAGAACGUUGCGACCGCCGAGGAAGACGGACUGGCAGACACUUUGGAGGCCAACGAAAGUUUGACGAAACUGGGGCUGGACUUCCGUAACCAAGCUGUGCAAGUCCAGGUGGAUCGAAAGCUGAAAAUGAAUGAUCAGUUGAAACGCUCCAAAGAUUCCUCAGACAACCUUAACUACCUUUUUACAUAG